AACAAAUCAAACUCUUUCUCUUUCUCUGCUCCCUAUCCAUCUUGUCUGAAUCUGCAACUCACAAUGUCGGAGAGACCAAGCCGUCACCAGAGAAGACCUUCUCAGACCGUUUUUCCGAUCUCCCUCGAGGAUCUCUCUGACAUCUCUCUCACAGCAAAUCCUCCAUCCUCUAUUCCUUCUCAGCCGCCGCGCCAUCAGAUCCCUCCGCCAUCUCCAGCCGCUGUUCCGGCAAACCGUAACAGCAACGGCAACAAUACUAGCAAGGAAGGGAACGCCUCUUCUAAUUGAUAUUAUCCUUUGUUUAAUUAAAAAUAUAAGCCUUUUUGUUGUUGUUCUUCUGUCUUCUUUUAAAUCUCUUGCUUAAUGAUCAGAUUUGUCUUUGUUUCAUAACUUAAACAAUAAUGAAUCGAUAUUUACACAUG